AUGGCAACCGAAGAGAAAAAACGUAAGCAUAAGGACAGUUCAGAGAAAAAGAAGAGUAAAAAGAAGCAUAAGUCAAGUACAACAAUUGUUGAAACCACACCAGCUGCUCCAUCCGGUAGUCCAGUCAUUCAACAGGUUUCAAGCUCAUUUUCGGAAAUUGUUGUUAAAUUAUACCUUCAUUUAGCGCCCAUGUGGGCAGGAAAGACAAUGGAAGGUGUUAUUGAGCAAUUAAAUGCCUUUUUAAUGAAAUACGUUCCAGAAGUUGAUGGUAUUGUUCUUGCACAUUCUGAUAUCAAGUUUGUUACAGAUAAAGGAAAAAUUAUGUACGAGUCACCUUUUAGUCAUUUCUUUAUUACAGCAAAAUUCCUUAUCUGGAAACCCAAGAGAGGCUCUAAACUUGUUGGACGUAUCAAUUUGCAGUCAGAAGAUCACAUUGGUCUUUUAAUUUAUGGUACUUUUAAUGCUUCUAUUCCUAAAUCUCGCAUACCUUCUUCUACAUAUGCAUGGAAGAUUAAUGAAGAAGAAACAGCAACAGAAGAAAAAGAAGUAGAAGAUGAAGAUAAUGAAGAGUCAACAGAAGCUGUUUCAGAAGGACGACAGAGGACACAAUAUGGUGAAUGGAUUAAUAAAGCUACUGGAGCAGGCAUUGGUGGUGAAGAUGGUAUACUUGAAUUUACUGUUAUGGAUAUCAUUGAAGCUAAUGAUAUUUUAACUGUGACUGGAUCUCUUUAG